UUUGAGCUGUAAGAAAUCUAUUAAGAGUUUAAGGUGCGCUGCGGCCCUUUGUUCCACCUCUCCAGGAGAUUCAUGGACCCCCGACGGAGCCCUCCGAAGAGCAGGGUCAGGAAGAGGGGGAGGAAGGCUGUUCGGAGGACGAAGAGGAGCUGCCCCCAGGCGGCUGCUCCCAACCCAGAUCUCCACCACUGUGAUGUCUGCGGGAAGGACAUCAAGUACCAGUCCAGUUUCCGGGAGCACCAGCGCAUCCACACAGGGGAGCGCCCUUACCAGUGCAAGCGCUGCGGGAAGACCUUCACCCGCUGCGCCGACCUCAUCAAGCACCGCCUGGUGCAUUCGGCCCAGCGGCCCUUCCGCUGCCAGGUCUGCGGGAAGCGGUUCAAGCUCCAGGCGGACCUGGACAAGCAUGGCAAGGUGCAUUCGGACGAGGCGCCCUUCGCCUGUCACGUGUGCCCCAAGCACUUCAAGCGCACCUCCUGCCUGGUCAAGCACCUGCGCAUCCACACCCAAGAGAAGCCUUUCGCCUGCGUACAUUGCGGCCGGCGCUUCAAGUGGGAGGCCUCGGUCAAGGAGCACGAGCGAGUUCACACGGGGGAGCGUCCCCACCGCUGCGACCAGUGUCCCAAGACGUUCACCCACCGCUCCACCUUCCUGCAGCACCAGCGCACUCACCAAAGGCACCCUGCCUUCAGCUGCCAGCACUGCGCCAAGGCGUUCAAUCACAAAUCCAACCUGCUGAAGCAUGUGCGCAAUUUGCACCCUGUCGGCCUGAGGGUGGGCAAGGAGGAGAUCCUUAAAUGACCCCUCC